AUCGGAUUCCUUGCGGCGGUCGUCUCGUCAGUUGCGGCGGAGAUUCCCCCUCCCUCCCCUCACCGUACCAGACAAGGAAUAGGACGGAGAACCAAGAGCGGCGGCGGCCGGCGGCAGCGAAGGAGAAGGCGAGCCAAGGAAAAGAUGCGGACUCCCGCGAUGCGCGCUGCCUAAAAUUUUCAUUUCGACGGUGACCGCCGAUGCACUAUCCUGGCGCCGGCGGCGACAACAGAAAGCCACCGCCUUUUAUUGGAGACAAGACAAGAGAUCCUAUUCCUAAUCCUCCUCCACCUCCAUCUCCGAUUGCUUCUGCGUGUGGGCAAGGCGAGGUGAGGUGAGGCGAGGCCAACGGAAACCAGCAUAGCGAGAUUCGCUCGGCCGACGGGGUGGCCGGGCGGACCAUGCAGCAGGCCGCCGCCCCAUGGGCGAUGAAGACCCUGCCCGUCCUAAGGACCCACCUCUGCGACCCCACGCGCCUCGCCGCCUCCUCCUCGUCCUUCCACUCCACGCCCGCCUCCUUCGCCAAGUGGAAGAACAAAUGGGACUGUCCCAAGAGCGAAAAAGGAGCGCGAAAGGCAUCCAGGAAUUAUGAGAGGUAUGUUGUUCGGCAAAAACGAGCAGAAGGAAAGAAGGCCCUAAAAGAUUAUCUUCUGUAUGGAAAGUCCUCACCUCAUUUACAGGAUGGAAGCACAGGAAGCUUUGCUAAUUCUCAUGAAAUUCCACGGUUCAAGACCUUUAGGAAAGGACCUCAGAGUCACUGGUCGCAAGGAGUACACAAUCAAAGAAAGAGUAAAAAGGACAAGGCGAGGUUCUGCAACUUCUUCCAUGAGGACCAUUAUGUGCACCCGGACGAAAUCUUUGAAGCUAUCUUUGGCACUCAUCGUGGUUUUACUUGGUCCCAUAUAUCAUGGGACGAUUUUCGCUUCAGAGACAGAUCAUUCAGAUUUAGAUGGAGUGGUGGUGAAUCACAGAGAGAGAGAAUUCCAAGUGACAGCGAAGAUGAAAGCGAGGAGGAUAGCAGGGAAACAACCAGCGUUGGUUCACAUGCCCACAGGGUCAUCCUUGGAUUACCACCAUGUGGUCCACUAACUCUAGAAGAUGUUAAAACUGCUUUCCGGGCAUCUGCUCUGCGGUGGCACCCUGACAAGCACCCGGGGUCUUCUCAGGCCGUGGCCGAGGAGAAGUUUAAGCUCUGCGUGAAUGCGUACAAUUCACUCUGCAGCGUCCUCAAGGCGGCUUAGUGCCCUGCUAUUUAUUACACACAAACGAUUGUUGCAAUUGCUUGAGGAUGUUCACUUUGUAGCAGUGUCGUUUGUGCAAGGCUCAGGAGUUGAAAUCCUCCCUCCAGUUGAAAUACUGGGAGGGAGGAGCCACUCAUUGGAUGCAGCGGCUGCUGCUUUGUUUCAGUUUUUCAUUUGAGAUACGCACAUUUGUGCCAAUAGGAAAGCUCCGACAUGGAAGGAUAGGAGGCAGUGUUGUAACUUGCUUGUACACUAGUGUCAAUGUAACAACAGUUGAUUCCUUCAUUUGUUUUAUCAAUUCAGUUACUCAGAAAGGGGGAAUUAAUAAAAGGAAACUUGCCAGACGAUCUGCAAAUGUUGGUGUC